UUAUAGUCAGUCCCCGCAGCCCACAGUAGGCAAGACAGUCGCUGCCUGUCUGUCUAGCGGAACGGAUAUGGCUCCCUAUUCACCCCGGCUUUUUCCCAGACCCAAGCGGCUUAUUGCCAGGCGAGGGCCGACAUGACAGUACACGGUCGAGAGAAGACCCCUGGCCCGCUCCGCCUGUCGGUCCCGUUAGAAGCAGGGAGAGGAGCAGGUCGAUAUGCGGUGCUGCUGGCUCUGUGCGCGCUGUGCUACAGCAACUCUCUGCACGGGGAGUUCGUGCACGACGAUGUGUGGGCUAUCAGCAAUAACCCCGACGUCCGGCCCGGGUCCAGCCUGCAGAACAUCUUCACCAACGACUUUUGGGGCAAGAGGAUGGCGGAUAACACGAGCCACAAGUCCUACAGACCGUUAUGCAUCCUCACCUUCAAAUUGAACAUCCUCUUGGGUGGAAUGACCCCUCUCUACUUCCAUGUGGUCAACGUGUGUCUUCACUGUGCCGUUACCUGUCUGCUCAUGCACAUGUGUGAUCGUUGCGUGUUCGACGACCCCCGUCUGGCCUUCCUCACCGCCCUCCUCUUCGCUGUGCACCCCAUACACACUGAGGCUGUGUCUGGUAUCGUGGGCAGGGCGGAUGUCUUGGCCUGCAUGCUGUUCCUCCUGGCCUUUCUCUCCUAUGUUAGGAGUGUGGGUGUGUGUGGUUCUGGUUCUGCAGACUCUCUGCCCUCCACGGUGUCUGUGUGGGCGCUGGGUGCCAGUCUGCUGCUGGGCACUUGUGCCAUGCUGGUCAAGGAGACGGGCAUCACCGUCUUCGGGGUGUGUGUGCUCUACGACGCCCUGGUGCUCUGCCGCAAGCCCUUCCUUUUGCACUUCUCCGGCACCAAGAUGAAGGAUCUUCUCAGGAUCUCCGUCCCCUUCCUCAAACGAGCCUGUGCCGUCUCUCUCUAUGUGGCGGUCAUCAUGUCCUUCAGGCUCUGGCUGAUGGGCGGCUCCAUGCCUCUCUUCUCUGAGCAGGACAACCCAGCCUCCUUCUCUCCUCACCUGCUCACCAGGUUCCUGACCUACUGCUACCUGUUGGCGUUCAACGCGUGGCUGCUGCUGUCUCCCGCGGUGCUGUGUUAUGACUGGCAGGUGGGCAGUAUACCCCUGGUGGAGUCACUGUGGGACAUGCGCAACGUCGCCGCCCUGCUGCUGGGAGUGGUCAUGGUCGCCCUCUGUCUGCACUGUGUCAUGUCGCUACAGAGGUUGGAGAAUAGGGAGGUGUUGCUGGGGGUGUUGUUCCUGGUCUUUCCCUUCAUCCCUGCCAGUAACCUCUUCUUCAGGGUGGGCUUCGUGGUGGCAGAGAGGGUCCUCUACAUGCCCAGUAUGGGUUACUGUAUCCUGGUGGCCCUUGGCCUGGGCAGGUUGUGUUCUGUGGUGGGUCGCUGGGGCACCACGGCCUUGACCGUCUCCACGCUGCUGCUCCUCCUGCUCUUCUCCUGGAAGACCGUUCAGCAGAACGACAUCUGGCUGUCCCGGGAGGCCCUCUUCAGGUCUGGCAUCCAGACGCUGCCUCACAACGCCAAGGUUCACUACAACUAUGCCAACUUCCUGAAAGACAGAGGGCGCCACCAGGAGGCCAUCCACCACUACAAAACUGCUCUCAGGUUGUACCCUCGCCAUGCCAGUGCCAUGAACAACCUGGGUACUCUGACACGCCACCCAGAUGAUGCCGAGCACUACUACAGGACCGCCCUGGACACCAACCCCCAGCACAACAGAGCCCUGUUCAACCUGGGAAACCUGCUCAAGUCCCAAGGGAAGAAGGAAGAGGCGGAGGCUCUGUUGAGGGACUCCAUUCGGUUCGGUCCACACUUCGCUGACGCCUAUUCCAGUCUAGCAUCACUUUAUGCAGAGCAGAAGCGGUUUGCGGAGGCCAAUGACGUUUAUCUGCAAGGCAUAGAGAGCUGCCCGGACAGCUCGGACCUGCAUAAUAACUAUGGAGUGUUUCUGGUCGAUACCGGAGAAGGCGCGCUGGCGGCAGCCCACUACCAGCAUGCCGUGCGUCUCAAGCCGGCACACUACGUCGCCAUGGUAAACUUGGGCCGCCUCCUUCGCUCCUCCAAUGAGAACAAGGAGGCGGAGUCUUGGUACAAAAAGGCCCUGCAGGUGACGAGGAAGGUGGACAUCCUGACGCCACUAGGGGCGCUGUACUACAACACAGGACGCUAUGAGGAGGCUCUGCAGGUGUACCGCGAAGCGGCUACGCUUCAGCCAGACAGCACCGAUAUCUGUCUGGCUCUGGCACAAGUGUUAGCCAUGGCAGGCCGCUCUAAAGAAGCAGAGAAGAUGACUCUGGGCAUCAUAUCUAAGCAGGGGAGCUGCAUCGAGUGUUACCGCCUACUGUCUGCCAUAUACAGCAAACGAGGCAACUACACAGAGGCUCUGGAUGCUCUAGACAAGGCCCUACUGCAGAACCCUAUAGACAUGUCUGUCAGGGCAGAGCUUCACUUCUCCAAGGGCAACCAACUCAGAGAGAUGAACCAGCUGGACAAAGCCUUCGAGAGCUACAAGCUGGUAGUGGAACUAAAACCUGACCAAUCGCAGGCUUGGAUGAACAUGGGAGGAAUUCAGCAUAUCAAGGGAGACUAUGCAGCAGCUAGGCAGUACUACCAGAGGGCCCUGAUCCUAACCCCUGGCUCCAAGCUGCUGAAGGAGAACCUGGCCAAGCUGGACCGGCUGGAGAGGAGGCUGACCGGGACCUAGACUAACCCAGAGACACAGCACUAUCCUGGGCAUAAAUUGGAGUCCGAGGACCCUGGAUGCCCCAACAGUACUGACCUGGUUCUUAAAUCAACCUACCUGGUUGAUGAUGUGAGAUUAUGGUGAACAUGACAGGGUUGCAGGGUAUGGAAGCAGACUGGGGAUGAUGGAGCUUCCAGGGGAGCAUGAGGCUGGUUAAGCCUGUGAUUGUAGUCACAUUCUGGGGGAAGCAGAUGGAGAGAGGACCCUAAGGAGUGGAGAUGGAGAUUCAGCCAGCAGCACUUCAAGCUGGAGCGGACUGGAUCAGAUCUCUGGAACUCUUUAAAACAGUACCACGAGCUCCACACAUCGCCCAGCCUGAAAAAGCUUCAAACUAACUGAUCUGCUUUUUAAAAUGUUUUGUUUAGUUUUAUUUGUUUUCCUAUUUAAUUUCAUGUUAAAUCCGGUUCUAGGCUCGAAAUCUGUGAUCACUACCUCAUCUCUGCUUAUGAGCAAAACCAUAAGUAAACCCAUGUUGACAUUUUGAAUUGGGUGUCAUGUUCACAUUAAAAGCUCCAACAAUAUCGUUCUAGCUGGAAGACAAAAUUACAUUUUGCCAACAUGAAGGAUAGUUUGCUGAAGUCACUGUAUAUACAUGUUUAGGUUUGGGCUUGCCUUGACUCAAACGUGGUCCCUGCAAACCCUUAGCAUGAGCUUGUCUGGGAUACAUAAGCUCUGUGAUAAGACUAUUAGACAAGCUAUCAGUGUGCUCCGUGAGCACAUUGACAACAUGUGCUUUUAACCUCAAGCUAUGGCAGAGCCUCUGAGAAGCAAGCAACGCUCAAUGUAGCCUUCCACAAGUACAAGUAAGCUAGUGUCUGUAGACUCCCCCGAAGGCCUAACACUGACCCUCUGAUCCGCUCAACAUUUCUGACGCUGUGUAUUAUUUGUUGCUGUUGAUGUUGCUAUGAUGAUUGUGAAUGAAUAUUUUAUUUGGAAUGUACAAAUAGGAUAAAGAUGAACUGACUAGUGCAAUGACUCAGAUUGAUUUGCACCAUAAAAAUAAAUCUAUGUUUUAUUAACUGGUGUCGGUACGUG